UCUUCACCUUAAUGGGCUUCAACGAGUCCUGUGAAGCAGGCGUGAGGUUGCGACCGGUGGCUUCCCCGAUGCGCCCGAACAGCUACCACCGGCUGGUCUCCUACACCAAACACUUGGCGGCCGAGGCGAAGCAGGGCAGGCACCAUGAGGCCCUCGACCUGUUCGCCCAAAUGUUCGCCUCCCCCGACCUCGCCCUCGACCCCUUCGUCUUCUCCCUCGCGCUCAAGUCCGCCGCCGUCCUCCGGCUUCCCCUCACCGUCCGCGCCGUCCACGCUCACGCCGUCAAGUCCGGCCUGCUCCACGACCCCUAUGUCGCGUCCUCGCUCGUCGACUCCUACGGGAAGUGCGCCUCUCUCGUCCACGCGAGGAAGUUGUUCGACGAUUGCACCCAGCGGAACGCUGUCGUGUGGAACGCCUUGAUCUCGCUCUACUGUCGCUCGGGUGACGUCCCCAGCGCGCUACGGCUGUUCGAGCUCAUGGACGUGCCCCCGACCGCGUCGUCCUACAACUCGGUUAUCGCGGCCAUCGCGGAGUUCGGCGGAGGUUCAGGUUCGUCUCGAGCCAUCGAGUUGUGUAGGAAGAUGCAGGUCGCUGGCAUUAAGCCCAACCUGAUCACAACUUUGGCUUUGUUCCCUGCUUGCGUUGGCACUGGAACGUUGAAUUCGAUCAAAGAGAUUCAUGGCUUUGCUCUUAGGAAUCACAUUCAGCCAAAUUCGCAGUUUGAUAGCGGGCUGGUUGAAGCUUAUGGGCGUGGCGGCUGCUUACCCUAUGCGCGUUGUGUUUUCGAUGAAAUGGAGGAAAGGGAUGUAGUCUCGUGGAGCUCCAUGGUGUCAGUUUAUGCAUUUCAUGGCCAUGCUAACAGAGCGAUGUCAGUGUUCAAAGAAAUGGAAUUGGAUAACAUUCGGCCGGAUGGGAUCAUGUUCCUCAGCGUACUGAAAGCGUGCAGUCAUGCUGGACUGGCGGAUGAUGCCUUGAAGUAUUUUGACAUCAUGACUAAGGUGUAUGGACUCGACGCAGGCAGUGAUCACUACUCGUGUUUGGUGGAUGUAUUGAGUCGAGCAGGUUGGUUGAAAGAGGCGUACGAGGUCAUCAGGGGGAUGCCGAUGAAGGCGACCCCCAAGGCCUGGGGGGCGCUUCUUGGAGCUUGCCGUAGCUAUGGUGAGGUCAGACUCGCUGAGAUUGCCGCAAAAGUGCUGUUUGAGAUCGAGCCAGAGAAUGCAGGCAAUUUUGUGUUGCUUGCAAGCAUAUAUGCAGGCGCAGGGAAAUUUGAAGAGGCCGAGAGAGUGAAGAUGGUGAUGGAGGGAAGGGGUGUGUCGCUGAACCCAGGCGGUAGUUGGGUUGUACCUCAUAGGUCUUGAUUUUGCAGAGCAGUGGCUUAACAUGGAAUUCUGGUUUCAACUUUCUACUCUGGAGGAGGGCUCUUGAAGAGCAACGUGUCCUCUAACCAAUUUCAGAGCAAUGGAGUUAUCAUUUCUAAUAGAAUGAUCCAGUAUCUGAUCAUUUCUACAGUCAAUUAUGCACCUCCAAUACAAACAAAAGUUGCACACUCGAUGGACUCCAUGAGAAAUAUGUUGCUGCUGUUGUGCAGCUGCCGGGAGCUAUUGGUUUGACUUCUUUGCGUCACUUGUUAAUUUUAUUACAAUAGAUAAUAUAUCAAGCAUCAUGCAGUUAAUAUUUGUAAAUUGUCUUAUUUUUGACAUUCUAUAUUCUUGGUUUUGCGAGAUGAAUGUGAGAGCAUAGAGAUAGAGAGAUGAAAAAGAGUAGGAUCAGUCUUUUGUUCCUGUCAAGUUAAAAUCAAACAGGUGGAUUUAAAAUUGUUAUCCAAUCCCUGUUUGAUAGUUGUAGACAGGUUGUUGAAUUAGAAUGGAUCUGAAGUUCUGAACACUUGCUUCACCAUUGUAUGAAGUAGAAAGUUUCUUCACAAAUCAAUGUAACAAAGAGUCUUAUUAGCAAGAGCUUGGUGUUCUCAAUCUAAGGUUAUAUGAGAUUCUAGAUAAAAAUUAUGUAUAUUGAUUUGCAAAUAAAGUUGUGCACAAAUUUGUAUGCUUAAUAA